AUGUCCCCUUUAUUGAAUCGGGAAAAAGAGAAUGAGGUAGGCACCGAUGUUGCGAAAGAUAUUUCUGCCACGUCGACGGCGGCGCUUAGCAAGCCAAGUGGACAAUGCAAGAGAAAGAGCAACAAGUUUAUGCCGCUGUCGUCAUUUUUGUCGAGCAAGACUGUUGCAACAUCUACGCACGACGUGGAUAACCCUUGGGGCAUUUGUACCACAUCCACAGCAGUGGAAAACAAUACAUCAGUGAUGACCCACAGAGAAAGUGUAUCUCUAACAUCGCAAUUAUCGAGUCCCAGCCCAACUGCGUCAUAUGCGAUGCCAGAAGCAUUUUUUCCCGUUACCAAAAUCUUCAGUGCGUAA